UUUCAAUCCUGCUCUCGACCGCAGCAAUUUCUGGAGAGCCAUCCAUCGAUGCACUGUUGGCAACAAAGCGCGCUGUGCAUCACAUCGAAGCACCCGCCACUCGGCACCGCACCGCACCACGCCGCGCCGCAUCGCAUUCCCGACGUGCCAGCCCGACGCUAGAUAGUAAUUGCGCGACUCGGACCACCGCCCGCGGCGGACCAUCUGGACAGAAUGAACGCGCCAUUCGCGCCGCCGGGCUCGCCCUGGCAGGAGCAUCGCACGCCCGACGGCCGCGUCUACUACUACAAUGCGCUGACCAAGGUCACGCAAUGGACCAAGCCCGAGGAGAUGAUGAGUCCCGCCGAGCGCGCGCUUGCCAACCAGCCAUGGAAGGAGUACACGGCCGAGGGUGGCCGCAAGUACUGGUACAAUACCGAGACGAAGCAGAGCACGUGGGAGAUGCCGGAUAUCUACAAGCGGGCGCUGGCCGGCGGCGAGGGGACGCCAACGACUCCAGCGACUCCUGCGACCCCGCUCACGGCCCCGGGCGGUGGCCACCAUGGUGCAAUUGGAGGUGCCGACCAUUAUCGCGAUCAUCGUGAGCCCAUUGGUGAAUCGCGCCAACUGACUUCCGGCAACAAUAUCCAGGCCCAGGCCUUCGUGCCUGCGACCAACGACCCCGAGUAUGCCACGGCUGAGGAAGCCGAAGCGGCCUUUGUCAAGCUUCUCCGCCGCAGCGGCGUCCAGCCCGAUUGGUCCUGGGAGCAGACCAUCCGAGCCAUCGUCAAAGACCCGCAGUUCCGCGCCAUCAAGAACCCCCGAGACAGGAAGGCUGCUUUCGAGAAGUACUGCAACGAUGUCAUCGCCCAAGAUAAGGAGCGUGCAAAGGAGAGGCUGACCAAGCUGCGUGCCGAUUUUGCCACCAUGCUGCGGAGCCAUCCCGAGAUCAAGCACUACACGCGCUGGAAGACGGCCCGCCCGAUGAUCGAGGGCGAGACCAUCUUCCGCUCCACUAACAACGAGAACGAGCGGCGCCAGCUGUUCGAGGAUUACAUUGCUGAUCUCAAGAAGGCCCAUAAGGAGCAGCAGGUCGCCAUGCGUAAGAGUGCUAUGGACGGCUUGAUUGAGCUGCUCCCGACCCUGAACCUCGAGCCUUACACGCGCUGGUCUGAGGCACAAGGUACCAUUCAGCACACUGCUCCGUUUCAGCAUGACGAGAAGUACAAGUCCCUGAGCAAAUACGACAUCUUGACUGUCUUCCAGAACCACAUCAAGGCCUUGGAGCGCAGAUUCAACGACUCCAUCCAGGAAGAGAAGAACAAGAAGUUCCGCCGUGAGCGCAAGGCCCGUGAUGACUUCAUCGCCCUUCUCUCAGAACUGAGGAAGGAUGGCAAAAUCAAAGCCGGCGCCAAAUGGAGUCAAAUUUACCCCCUCAUCGAAGCCGACCCGCGCUACCAGGCCAUGGCUGGCCAGCCCGGCUCUACGCCUAUGGAGCUGUUCUGGGACGUAGUGGAGGAGGAAGAGCGGGCUCUCAGAAGCACCAGGAACGACGUGCUGGACGUCAUCGACGACAAACGCUUCGAGGUCACUUCAAACACUACCUUUCAAGAGUUCGAGUCUGUCCUCAAAGAUGAUCGUCGCACAGCUAACAUUGAACGCGAUAUACUGGAGCUUAUUUUUGAGCGGAUACAAAAGCGGGCCAAGCGCUCAGACGAAGACAGGCAGUCAGAUCGCCAGCAGCGCCGUGCUCUGGAGGAUCUCCGUUCACACAUGAAACGCAUGGAUCCCCCAAUCGGCGUGGAUGAUACUUACGAGCAGGUCCGCAGCCGGCUUGCGCACGUGCCCGCUUUCCAAGCCGUGAGCUCCGAGGAGGCUCGGCGAGGUGCGUUUGAGAAGCACAUCCGUCGCCUCAAGGAGAAGGAUGACGAGGAGAAAGAGCGCCAGCGCCGCCGUGACCGCCCAGAUGUCUAUCGUGACCGAGGUGAGCGAUCUCAUCGCGGAAGUGUGCGUUCUACCAGAAGCCGCAGCCCCGAGCCCAACACGUAUGAGGCCGAACGCCGCCAUGCCGUGGCCGAGCGUGAGCGUAACUACCGCAAGACCAGCGCCGCCGAGAUCCUGCUGACGGAUCGCCGGUCUCCCUCUGUGCGCGAUCGCGAACGUGACCGCGAGAGGGAGCGCGACCGCGAUCAUGACCGUGAUCGGGAGCGGGACCGUCGUGACUACCGCGACCGCGACCGCGAUCGCGAUCAUCGUGACCGAGACCGAGACCGUGACCGGGAACGAGACCGGGAGCGGGACAGAGAACGGGACCGCGACCGGGAGCGCGAGAGGGAGCGUGAUCGCGAGCGGGAGCGUGAGCGCGAACGCGAGCGCGAUCGCGAUCGUGACCUCCGCGAUCGUGACCUCCGCGACCGCCGCGACUACGACCGCCGCCCGCGCCCCGACGACACCAACCACUACGACCGCGAGCGCCGCAGCCGCGAGGAGGACCGCGAGCGCAUCUACCGCCGCCGCAUCCUCGAGCGCGACGUCGACGAGCUGCCCUACGGCGACGAGCGGCCCGGCUCCGCGUACUCGCGCACGCGCCCGCGCCCCUCGGAGGAGGACGACCGCGACCACGACCGGCGCGACCGCCACGCCGCCAAGCGCGUCAAGCUCGAGAGCGACCGCGCCGCCACCGACCGCCCGCCCAGCCGCAGCGCACGCACCCCGCUGCACAAGGACAAGGAGAAGGAGCGUACCCCUAGCGUCCGCGCGGGGAGCGAGGAGGGCGAGAUCGAGGAGGUCUGAACGACCUCGCCGGCCGCCGCUGCCGGGGACGUGCGAGGGACCCCGCGACUCAUGGAAUGGGGAGAUAGGGAGGCAGAGAGCACAACAAAGAGGAGGCAUGAGAGAGAGAGAGAGAGAGGGUGAGAGGCUGACGGUCCGGGGCUUGGAUGGCCCACGUCCAAGCAGAAGGGGCAAGGAAUAAGGGGGGAAAAGGAAAGUACGUUUCGAUUUUGCCCGCCUUCUCUCUCUAACCGCACCAGGUCAAAUCAGUCAUCGAGUAAAUCUAGGGACUGCCUUGUAAUCAGCUAAGUAGCUCAGCAGACGGCGCGCCUCUUAUCGUCGCUGGCUGUUGAAUCUUUGUAGGAAUAAAAUAAGACUGUGUCUGGAUCUGUUGAAUAGCUUGGCGGUUCUGCCCGCUGCCGUACCUGUGCAUUGCGUCAUCGAAACGGAGUGGGAGACUGUUGCAAAUGCAUUGACAUUCUG